GAGCAACACGAACCUCACAAAUAUUAUAACACACCAAACUUCAAAACAUGACGCGAUCUAAUAAUCAUCAUACGACAUUCCUCUCCUCCUCCUCUGUUCUCCUCCUCCUCCUCCUCCUUCACGUCUCUGCUACCUCUGCAACUUCUCUCUAUGACGACUUCGUUCAAUGCCUCAACACCCACCCAAACUCCUCAGCCUCCCAAAUAGUCAUCCCCCAGAACAACCCUUCUUUCACUUCAACUCUCAGAGCCUACAUCCGCAACGCUCGCUUCAACACCACCUCGACUCCGAAGCCAGUCCUCAUCCUCACGCCGACCACCGAGGCCCACGUACAGGCCUCCGUCCUCUGCGCCGUGCAACUCAAAGUCCAGCUCAAAAUCCGAAGCGGCGGCCACGACUACGAGGGAGUCUCGUACGUCUCGACCGAACCUACUUUCAUAGUCCUCGACCUUUUCAACUUCCGGUCCAUCGACGUUAAUGUCGAGGACGCCUCUGCGUGGGCCCAGGCCGGAGCUACCCUCGGAGAACUCUACUACCGAGUCGCCGAGAAGAGUAAAACUCUCGGGUUCCCCGCUGGGAUUUGCCCCACUGUCGGCGUCGGAGGACACAUCAGCGGUGGCGGUUAUGGGAACUUGCUGAGGAAGUACGGCCUCGCCUCCGAUAAUGUGUUGGACGCAUUGAUUGUUGAUGUGAAUGGGAAGCUUCUGGAUAGAAAAGCAAUGGGGGAGGAUCUGUUUUGGGCGAUCAGAGGCGGCGGUGGUGGAAGCUUUGGAGUGAUCUUGGCUUAUAAGUUGAGGUUGGUUCCGGUGCCGGAAACCGUCACUGUUUUUAGGGUGAUGAGUUACACGGAGAGUAAUGCCACCGACGUCGUUUUGAGGUGGCAGGGGUUGGCGCCGACGACGGUGGAUGACUUGUGGAUGAGGAUGUUGUUGCAGCCGGUGAGUUCUCCGACCAAGAAGGGAACCAAGACUGUUCGGAUUUCGGUUCUGGCAGAGUAUCUAGGCAAUGCUAAUCAGUUGGUUUCUAUUUUGGGAAAGCAGUUUCCUGAAUUGGGUUUGAAGAAGGAGAACUGUUUGGAGAUGAGUUGGAUUGAGUCUGUUGUUUGGUGGAACGAUGGUUCUCUUCCCAAUGAUACCAAGCCGGAGGUUCUGCUUGAUCGGAAUCUAGAUCAGGCGAGUUUCGGGAAGAGGAGGUCGGAUUAUGUGCAGACCGCGAUUUCGAGACAAGGGUUGGAGUCAUUAUGGGAGAAUAUGAUUAAGGGGAAGACUGGCUUGGUGUUCAAUCCAUAUGGAGGGAAAAUGGCUCAAAUUCCGGCCUCCGAUUCGCCUUUUCCUCACCGGGCUGGGAAUCUGUUCAAGAUUCAGUACUCGGUGAAUUGGGACGAUGGUGGAGAGGAAGCAACCACUGAGUAUCUGAACCAAAGUAAGGUGCUUCGCAAUUUUAUGACCCCAUUUGUGUCCAAGAAUCCAAGGAGUGCUUUCUUGAACUAUAGAGACCUUGACAUUGGUGUCAACGAUUUUGGGAAGGAUAGCUAUGAACAGGGGAAGGUUUAUGGAUUGAUGUACUUUAACGACAAUUUCGAUAGAUUAGUGAAGGUGAAGGCUGCUGUUGAUCCAGAAAAUUUCUUCAGGAAUGAGCAGAGUAUCCCACUUCCUCCAUGUUUCCACUCAACUGUGACUGGUGGAUCAAGUUCAAACAUCUCAAAGGGGAUGCUGCUACACUUGCUGAUUGGAUCAUCAUUCUUAUAAGGUGGUGUCAAAUUUAGCUGCAUAUCCACUG